AUGAUUUCGGAUGUGAAGGAUCCUUUAGAGGGAAAGGGACGCAUCUCAAGUUGUCUUCAGAAGGUGUUCCGGAGUAAGUAUCCGAAGCACGGCGAGUGCCCUGUUUUUAUGACUCUGGCGUUGGUGGCCAUAACGUUUAUACCUAUUGGCGUUGUUGUUAUCAAAGCAAGCGAUGCCAUUUUUGAGUUGAAAAUUCGAUACGACGAUACAAACAAUUACCACUAUGUUGUUGGACCUGCUGAAGUGUACCCGCAUCAGUUCACGUUUAACAAUUCCAAUUAUUCAACCGGAGCAAGGGUUCGAAAGGUAUUUUCACUAUCAAAGAGUUUGGCCCAUCCUGUUUUUCUGCAGUAUAGACUUGUUGGAUUCUAUCAAAAUCACCGUCGAUAUUCUUUUUCGAGAGAUAUUGGUCAAAUGGUGAGUGGUGGGGAUUCUGUUGCGACAGAAUGUGAACCGUUUAGGUAUCCUGGCGAAUUUCAAGGACGGAGUGUUGAGGGCCAAUAUUUCCCAUGUGGGGCGAUUGCAUGGAGUUUCUUCAAUGAUUCUUUUUCUUUAUACCAAAUACCGUCGACAUCGGCAACUGACAGUGUUGAAGAAACACUUGAUGGUGCCAAACUCAUUUGCUCUGGAGCAGCAUUUGAUCACCUCGGUAACAACUUGGAGGAAGGUAACCUUUGUGAGAAAAAAGGAAUAGCGUUGCCGAGUGAUGUGCGUUUAUUUCAACCUCCAUCAAACAUAGAAUCUCAAAGAUCUCUGUGGAAGUGGGGAGGAGAUCCUGAGGCUACUGACCCUUAUAAAAGGUCAGGAUACUAUUAUGAAGAGGCUGGUCAUCCGAUUCCCACCACUGCAGAUGAAGAUUUUCUUGUCUGGGCCUCUUUAUCUUACAAGCCUGACUUCACAAAAAUGUAUCGGAUUAUAACAACAGACUUGAUACCAGGAGAAUAUGUUGUUGAUAUUGUGGAAAACUUUGACGUGAGCUCUUUUUCCGGUGAAAAGUAUGUUGUUCUGGUGACACGCAAUUGGAUAGGAGGAAAAAACUACGCCUUGGGUAUAUUGUUCCUCGCUAUUGGUUCCAUCUCUUUUGUACUUGCUAUGAGUGUUGUCAUUGUUCAGUACAUUUUUUGGAGAAGCUCUGGGCUAUAG